UAUGAAUUGAUUUUGUGCUACUGUCGAACAUACAACAAAGGUUCAACACUUUAGAUUUUUGUGUCGCCGUGUCCUAUCUGUGUUUGUUUAAGUAAAACUUUUUCGAAGUCGUUAUUAAUGGUCGUUAUUUAGUCGUGUCCAUGGUAGUGUAAAGCGAUUAUUUUUAAGUUAAUUUAGAAAGCUACAAGUUAAAGCCAUAGUAAUAUGAUUGACACGGAGAAGAUUUCCUCAGGAGGGGAUGCCGCCUGUUCAAACCAGAGUGAGAAGAAAGAGAACGAAAAAAAAAAGAGAUCUCGGGUGAAACAGCUGCUGGCUGAAGUGAAGAAGCAGGUGGAAUUCUGGUUUGGUGAUGUGAAUCUUCACAAGGACAGAUUCAUGAAGAAUGUCAUCGAACAGUCACGAGAUGGAUAUGUUGACAUAUCCGUGCUAACGUCAUUCAACCGAAUGAAAAAAUUGACGACAGAUGUCAAGUUGAUAGCCAGGGCUCUUAAAAAUUCAGCAAUAGUGGAGGUAAAUCUUCAGGGAACACAUGUACGACGAAAGGAUCCACUUGGUGAAAGCCCAAAAGAUGUGGACAACCGCACAGUUUAUGUGGAGUUGUUGCCAAAGUCAGUGACUCAUGUUUGGCUUGAGCGAGUGUUUAGCAAGUGUGGAAAUGUGGUUUAUGUUAGUAUCCCUAGGUACAAGUCCACAGGACACCCUAAAGGGUUUGCGUUUGUGGAAUUUGAGACAGAGGAACAAGCACAGAAAGCUAUUGAGAUGCUGAACAAUCCUCCAGAAGAUGCUCCAAAGAAGCCAGGCAUUUUCCCUAAGACUUGUAAGAAAAAGACUAUCCAUUUUGAGGCUAUCCAGGACACACAAGGUUAUGAGGAGGAUGGCAAAAAAAAGAAGAAAAAAAGGUCUAGAAAUGAUCUCAAAAACAGUGCUUGUGAAGAAAUGACUGUAAAUGAGAUGGACAGAGAAGGAAUGUUAGGGACUGCAGUUACCAAUGAGCCAAAGAAACAAUCAUCAGAUGAAUCUAAAAUGGAAAACCCUGCAAUACUGAUCAGCAGCGCAAGCAAGAACGUUGAGAAGAAAAGACGAAGAUCUCUCAGUUCUGAGGCAUUAGUUGGAGAAGCCCAAGAUGAGAUGCCAUCCAAAAUAAGAAAAGUAGAAGAGGAGGAAUACGAUGAGAAUGAGAUGAAAGAUUUAUCAACUGAGAGCAAGAAUGAAGAACAGUUGGACUCUGAGAAGAAAGAUGAUUCUGUUUUGAAGGCCAAGAGGAAAAGAAAGAAGAAGCUCAAGGAGAGAUUGAAAAUAGGGGAGGAGGUCAUCCCACUCAGAGUCCUCUCAAAGAAAGAGUGGUUGAACCUGAAGCAGGAGUACCUGACACUGCAGAAGCACUGUAUGGCCCAUCUGAAGCAGUCAGUGGCUCAGAUCAACCAGAAGUCAGUGAAGUAUGACAUCAUGCAGACUAAAGAGAAUGAGAACACUUCUUGUAAGGAUACAGCUAAGAAAGAGCCUCCUUCUGGCCCUGAGUUUGCGAGUGGAGUCAUUGUCAAGAUUAGCUAUAACCAGCCCCUGCCAAGCAAGAGGUGCAUCAAGGAUUCACUGUCUGAGAUGUCCGCUGUGGCUUAUGUGGACAUUCUUGAUGGAGAUAAAGAGGGUUACAUUCGCUUCAAGAGUCCUGAAGAUGCACAGACAGUUAUAACAGCCCAAUCAGAACUUCAGAAAAAAUACAACUGGAACCUUGAACUCCUCUCAGGUGACCGUGAGCAGAGGUACUGGCAGAAGAUUUUGGUGGACCGACAAGCAAAGCUAAACAGUCCUAGAGAAAAAAAGCGUGGAACAGAAAAGCUCAUUUCUAAAGCUGAGAAAAUCAUCAUCGCUCGGGCCACCGAAGCAAGUAAGCACAUCCGCUUUGAUGACUAACAGUCUGAGCAAUAAUUACUUCAACAGAAAUAUUGUAAGAAAAACAAAAAUAUUUCAAAUGACAGCCAAUGAAUUCUAAAAUGUUUCUUUUGUGCUUUGUGUUGAUCUGUCCUGUUAUUUUCUUAUUUGAAUGAUCAAGUAAUUAAUGAUGUGAUUUGAGUUUUGUGUUGGAAUUAGAACGAAGAUGUCUGGAAUAAUCAUCAUCAUCAUCAUUAUUAUUAUUAUUAUUAGUAAAUUGUUUACUGUUUUUAUUAAGUUGUUAUAUUUUGAUGGCAAGAAAAGGCUCCAGAAUCAAUUGUAUAUGUAGUUAUAUUUGCAUCCCUGUUUUUUAUUUUAUUAUUAUAGUUCUUCUUUUUUUAAAUAAAAUUAAUUACUGAAAGCAUUGGUGUUUUGGUAGAAAACAGUUCUCACUGGAAUAACACCACACUGGGCUAUCACAAUAUCAGAUUUUUAACUACACAAUUAUCAUGGCCAAAAUAAUUCACAAUAAUGAUAUGGGGGGGGGGUUAUAGUCAAUCAAAAGACAAUACAACAAAAAAAAAAAACCCUCAAAAUUUGCACCUCUGCAUAGGUCAGUCCACCUAGAAGGGGUGUAAAUAAAGGGGAAAUAAAAGACCCUUACCUAGACCAAUCAUUGCUCAACCCCUUUGAGACAGACCCUCUUUAAGACUCAUCCCUCGAGUCUGAUCUUCCGCAUUUUUAUCAAGUAACUUUGUGAAUGUAACAUUCACUGUGGACUCUGAUCUUCAGAAGAACCCAACAAAAGCUUCCAGCUUACUCCUAACAAACUCCUCAAAAAUCUCCAUUGUCUCCAUGCAUCCGUACUCUUGUACAGCAACAAAGCUGAUGCAAGUAACCGUGCUCUGAUGAUCCUCAUUGAGUUGGGGUUAUUUGACGUUCUAUUGUUUGUCUCUCCCUUUCCUUACUUUCCUUCCUUCUGUAUUUGUUGUGUUUU